UAGCUAUUUUCGCAAUGAAGAAAAGUGAAAAGAUUUCUAGAACCAUAUUUAUUUGCAAUGCUAUCUCUCUGGUUAAUCUUUACCAACAUCGAGUCGGGAACUUCCUCUGCUGCCACUGCUCACCACAUCUCAAGGAACAAGACACACACUUUGGUAACCAAUUCCCUUGCGGUACAUUUGGGGGAAGAACUGCAUUUCCAAUCCACUAUCUCAACAUUGCUGUCUUCUCAGGUAGGUUCAGACGAUCCUUUUACCAAGACAAUUUGCUGAUAACCCGAAUUCCACAAUCUUCUCUUGUUUUCCCGUACUCACCAAGUAAGCAACAAUUGCUUUAUAUAUGCAUGAGCAAGAGGAUGCCCUAAUCGUCAUGGGCCUUGUCGCUGAGAGCCCAAACACAUGAAGUCUCUGGCGUAUGGGCUUUAACCAAUUUUCUUCAGUCCAACUGAAUAGAGGAAUAGAUACCACCUCUCUACAAAACCUAAAAUUUCAAUUAAGAAAAGCGAAGAUAUCUGAAACGUAAGAAAAAAUGGGUUAACUUUUAUUUUCUUGUUGCUAGAUAUAGCAUUGAUGGAGGAACAAAUACAAGAGAAUAGCGGUACACUUUGGUUUAAGCCCUAUUGCGUUUGCUUGUUGAUUUCUGAUUUUGAUUUUGAGAUAAGACUGACUGAUGAAAUAUGAAUAAACAAAAUUUUUACACAAGGUUAUUUCAUGGUAUCAGUACCAAAGAAUUAUAUAUUUUAAACCUAAAUGUUGACAAUCAGGGGCGGAUGCACAGCUACCCGUACGGGGUCACGUGCCCCCACUACAAGAAAAUGGUGAUAUUGCAACAUAUUUUCUGCAACGUUGUCUUUUCUUGAAAUUUGGUAACAGAUUUUACCAUGUUUUUGCAAUCAUAAAUACAUAUCAGCAGUUAAAUAUAAAUUCACUGCAACCCAACGACAAAAAAAAUCGUUACAAAAUUUUGUUGCCAAAUUGCAAUUUUUUUUCCUACUUAUAAAAAUUUUCUUGCAAAAUUCCCAUGAAAAAU